AUGUCAAAGAUUGCGAAUCUUGAUUUCAGUGCUUUGAAAAGCAAUGGUGACAACUACCUGGAAUGGGCGCUUGAUGCAAAGAUCAUGCUGCGAUCAAAAGAUCUUGGUGACACAAUCACCAAAGACAGCAAUUCCAGUGACAAAGACAAGUAUAGAGCUAUCUACAUGAUACGCCACCAUCUCCAAGAGAACUUGAAAACUCAGUACAUGACCAUGGAAAAUCCAUAUGACCUUUGGAUCGCUUUACAGCGAAGAUAUGACCACCAGAAAAUGGUGUUGCUUCCAAAGGCUCAAUAUGAUUGGAAACACAUAAGGUUCUUGGACUACAAAUCAGUAGACGAGUACAACUCAGUCCUGUUCAGAAUUGUGUCCUUGUUAAGGUUAUGUGGUGAAAAAGUAACCGAGGAAGAGAUGCUUAAUAAAACUCUCUCCACGUUUCCUCAAAUCAACAUGGUAUUGCAACAGCAGUACAGAGAGAGGAAUUUUGCCACAUAUACUGAGUUGAUAGAAUGUCUCUUGUUGGCUGAAGCUAACAACGAACUGUUAUUGAAAAACAGUGAGAUGAGACCUCCUGGUGCAGCUCCAUUACCCGACAUCUCUAAGCUGGCUAUAGAGCCAAAGAAAGAGACACACGUGCAAGGACGUGGUCGCGGUACCACACCCGGCUUUAGCCGUGGUCGUGGCCGAGGCCGUAGUGUGUCUUUUAAACCACAUAUCAAAGCUGAUCGAUGCCACAGAUGUGGUAUGGGUAAUCAUUGGGAAAAUAAUUGCCGAACUCCUAAGAAUUUGUGUGAGCUUUACAUGGAGAGCUUAAAAAGAAACCCGGAAGCUAACAUGGUUCGAGACCCGGGAUAUGAUGGUGAUGAUGAUGAUGACUUGGAAGACGUCCAGGAUCACCAGCACGAGUCAGACAAAGUUGAUCACAUGGAGUUUGAAACUUCAGACAUACUGAAAUAA